AUGGUGAAGGGAAGCAAGGGCCACGAGCUGGAGGCCGACGUCCCGGCCUCCGAGCUGUGGAAGAUCUACGGCACGCUCCGCUUCGUGGAGCUGGUGCACGAGCUGCUCCCGCAGGUCCUCCACCAGGUCGAGGUCGUCAGGGGCGACGGCAGCGUCGGCUCCGUCAUCAAGGUGACGUUCCCUCCAGGGAACCCUGGCGUGCAGACCUACAGCGAGGAGUUCGUCAAAAUCGACAACGAGAAUCGCGUCAAGGAGGCGGCGGUCAUCGAAGGUGACCUUCUGAGCCUCGGCUUCAUCACGUACGUGACCCGUUUCCAGAUCAUCGAGAAGGGUCCCAGCUCUUCGGUGAUUACAUCGACGGUCGAGUACGAGUACCACGACGGGCGCCCUGAGCUCGAAGCGGCGGCUUCCACUGCACCCUUGGCUGCGGCUGCUGAGAGACUUGUCCAGUAUGUCAAGGAGCAGAUGACGACUGCCCAGGCAACCGCCUGA